UUACCCCCCCUCUCUCUCUCUCUCUCAGGGAAGAAGAAAAACAGCUGACAUGGAGGAAGGCGCAACUCCUUUGAUGCAAUCACAUGGCCCAACAGAAAACAGUGGGCCAAAAGGGCGAUGGUGUGGAGUCUCUGUAAAGAGCAUCGUUUAUGCGGGCCUCAAUGCCAUUGUCACGUCCUUCUCACUCAUUUCUUCCAUCUCUGCCGGUCAUCUCUCUUCUGGUGAGGUUAUUUUUGUAAUUUUUAAAAUCAUUGAAAGCUUCUGUAGGAAAUGGCAUUGCAAUGUGCUCAUCUUCCCUAUUUUGAUACUUGGCUGUGUUCAGGCGGUGUGUCACUGAUCGUGAUGGAACGUCAUAUGCACGUCUCCGGUUAAAAGACAUUUGUUGAGUGCGUUACAUACGUGAGGUUGAUGUUUUUGUACUAGGCUUUGCGAAUUUGGUGGCUGAUGGGAUAUCAAUGGGCUUUGGGGACUUCUUGUCAAGUGACACUGAGAGGGACAUGGCCUCACGAGAGAGGGAGGCAACAGAGUGGGAAGUCACGAACGAUGCCCGACCACAGCAAAUGGAGCUGCUAGAUACCAAGCACUCGGUAUGGAUCCUGAGGACGUUAGUACUGUCGUGAGCAUCUUUUCAAAAUACAAAGACAUAAUGGUCCAUGAGAAGAUGGCGUUGCAGAAAGGAAUGCUACCGCCCAACCAAAUGGAUAAGCCAUGGAAGAGUGGUGUCACCACCUUCGCCGCCUUUCUCUUCUUCGGGAGCAUCCCUCUCCUCUCGUUCAUCAUCCUCAUCCCCUUCACACACAGUAAGACUGUCACGUUCACAGGCGCUUGUGUGCUGUCCGCCUUGGCCCUCACCCUCUUGGGGCUGGCAAAGGCCAAGAUUGCGGGACAGAACUACGUGCUCUCUGUAAUAGUCACCCUCUCCAAUGGGGCUGUUGCCGCCACCUCAGCUUACUUCAUAGGGUGGGCACUAAGGAAUGUAGCUGGUAUCCAGGACUGAAACUAAACACCCAGUGGGAAGUUAUCUUGGCUUUUUAAGUAGGGCUUCUAAGGUGGAUUUUGUUGUAAUGUUCGCCGAACCUUGUCCUUGACAGAGAACUCUAUGGAAUCUUAUUUAUUUUCUUUGCUGAAGCUCAUGUCGUUUACCACAAUUUACCACAUUUGCGUUGCUACAUUUUAGUCUGUACAAACAAGAACAGGUUUACAUGUUGGGGUGGGGAAACCAUAGCUCACACUGAUCGGACUAUUAUAGCCUGGGUAAAUUUCAAAAAUGCCAGAAGUCUUGAAUUCAACGGGCAAUAUCAGACACUUAACUUCACCAGAUCAGUGUGAUUUUUUUGCCAUGCUCUACCAUUAUCCCCACUAUUUGGAUGGUUUGGAUUGACGUGCUUGUAUGAUGUCUUGGGUGCAGAUU